AUAUUAAAUUUGAAUCAAGCGCCAGUUUAAAAAGAUGUCGAUUUAAUUUAAAAAAGUCAUUUCUAUUUUACUAGUGAGAUUUUUUUUUUCAACUGAAGUAAAAUAAAAUUCAAAAUUAAUCUGAGCGAUGAUUGAUCCUGCGGCGACUUUAAAAUGUCCCGCGCUUCAAACUCAAAAGUUUUUAAAUUUAAUAAACAAAUUACAGACUAAUAAAAAACUAUUUCAAAUAUUUUUUUAAUUCUGCUGUGGCAUUCGACUUAUAAUUUUUCUUUUAAAUAUAAUUAUAAUUUUCAUCAAUGCGCAAUAAAAACUGUAAUUUAUUCUGCAAUUUAUUUAUAGACAUUUUCAUAUGUGUAUUCAAAUAAGAAAUGACACGUGAAAUUAAAAGUGUAUUGAGUGAUAAUUUGAACGAUAGCAGUAGAACAAUUAAAUUCGUCUAAAAGGUAUAUAAGAAGAAAUUGAAUCGUUUAUUGCUGACACUUGUGAGCUUUAAAUAUCCAGUAUCAAUCUCCAAUGAACGUUGGCGAAUUUUAUUUCAACGCACAAUGAUAAAUAAUAUUAAAAAAUUUAUUCUCAUUGCAGCUGCACUUCUGACAUCAUCUCGAGCGAUAGAUUUCUCACAUUUGGACCCUACUCAAGGUAGAUUUUUCUAUGAAUGUUCGCCAACUUCCGUAAAGUUCCACUUCUCGCCUAAUACUUCAAUGUACGCAGCAUCAAUUGUUGUUGACCAUGAGAUCUAUGGGUGUUGGAAUUAUUAUAAAGUUGACGUGCCCCCGCCUCCACUGGAAGUUAAAUUUUCCGACUGUACUUUAGGCCGCAAACAAUUUGACAUCAUCCUCGCUGAUUAUGGAGUUUGCGACUGUGAAAAAGUUUAUUACCAAGAAGAAAUUGACUGUGUAUCUAAAAGUGAUGAAGUCUUCCAGGAGGAUGAUCCGAUACCAGACGACUCAGCACACGAAGACUAUCCAUUACGGCCACUAUAUAUCUCAGGAGAAGAAGAGGUAGAUGUUCCAAUAACACACGUAAUAGAUGUCGGUGAUAAGAUUUCAUUAGAAGAAUAAAACACUACCUCGCUAAUUAACUCAUUGUUCAAUUAAAUUAAAUAAUAUUCAUUUAAAUUAAAAGAUAAUUUUUGUAAUUCAUCGCUAGCCCACAUUUUUUAAUUCUUAUUUUUAAUUAAUUAUAAUUUCUUCUUGAUAUCUUCUCUUAGAACUUGCGCAUGUCUAAUUAAAU